AUGGAACGAAAUAAUCAAUCGAAACGAUACACCAGUCAACCGUAUAAAAUAAUGUAUUAUUCAUCCACGAAUAUUGCAAAGAAUAAUGAAGAAAUACAAAUGAAAUCAGACAAUAAUAACAUUAAUACUAAUGUUGAUGAUGAUGACAACAAUAAUAAUAAUAAUAAUGAUAAUAGUAACAAUGUUAAUAACACUAAUGUUCAAGAUGACAGUAAUAACGAUACUACUACUACUACUAAUAAUAAUAAUAACAAUAAUAAUAAUGAUAAUAAUGACUCUAGAUUAGUCAAUGAAGAAAAAUAG